GAUGGUUUCAGUGACCCUGCGGCGUUUAGCGACCGUCAAAGCGCUGCCGCAGCUGGUGCAGCUUUGGGAGAAAAACCAGCUGGCCUAACUACUCGCUAUGUUUGUUUGGCGAAGAACUACGACGUUAGGGCAGUGUUAAAUGCACAUUGGGCAGCACAGAGAGCUUACAUCGUACCGUAUUGUGCGAGAAGGUACCCCUCACGCGCGCGCGCGGAUUACGUCUGUGGGAAACACCCAAACAAAUGCGUGACGCCUCUCCCAGCCUCUCCCGAUGAGGAGGAGAGGCGCAUCUGCGGCGGUCUCUCGUGACUUGGCCGAUGUCGGCGGCAGAGCUGUCGAACGAUCGCUGCCGGCUGGAUGCGUAACAACGUUGCUUCCUCCUGCGCAUCAAAUCGACUCUGUGAAGGUGUUGCGCUACCACAGCUUCGCAGAUACUUCAGAAGAAAAGCGAGUGUGGUGUAAAACGAAACUAGACUGUUCUUUUCUCGAGCAACUCUUGAAAGCACAUACCUUCGUGUAAACUGUGUGGUGCGCGAAGCGGACCGAGGAGACAGAGAAGUGCGGAUUUUGACAGUUCCCAGCGACUUUCGCGCGGUCGUCGGUCAUCGUAAGGGAGCCUGUACUCUGUAAUCGAGCGGCCAUGAAUCUGUCAUUCGCGGGUUGCGGUUUCCUGGGAAUCUACCACAUCGGAGUGGCCAGUGCGUUUCGGGAGUACGCGCCGCAGAUAUGCCUCAACAAGAUCGCCGGAGCGUCGGCUGGAUCGCUGGCCGCUGCCGCCCUCGCCUGCGAAGUGCCCUUGGGCGAGACGACGACGUACGUUCUGCGAGUGGCCGUGCGUGCCCGCCAGCGUGCCCUGGGUCCCCUCCACCCGGGCUUCGACAUUAACGGCAUCAUCCACGACGGCCUGUGCAAGCUGCUGCCGGAGAACGCGCACAAGCUGUGCAGCGGACGACUGCACGUCUCCCUCACCCGGGUGUCGGACGGCAAGAACGUGCUGCUCUCGCAAUUCGAGUCACGGGAACACCUCGUCGAGGCGCUGAAGUGCAGCUGCUUCAUACCGUUCUACUCCGGCCUGAGGCCACCGAAAAUUAACGGAGUGGCGUACAUGGACGGUGGCUUCAGUGACAACCAGCCGUCGCUGGAUGAGAACACGGUGACCGUGUCGCCCUUCGCCGGCGACAGUGACAUCUGCCCCAUCGACGACUCUUACAACCUGACGCAGAUCAACUUCAGCAACACCAGCAUAUCGAUAUGUCCGGGAAACUUGUACAGGGCUGCCCGUAUCUUCUUUCCGCCCGACCCCGAGAUACUUAGCCGAAUGUGUCAGCAGGGCUUCGACGACGCUGUUCGCUUCCUGCAAAAGCACAACAUGAUCUCCUGCACCAGCUGCUUGGCGGUACAGUCAAGCUUCGUUGUGGCAGAACCUGAGUCGAGCCCCGAUCUGAGCGCCGACUCGGACGCCGAGCAGGCGUGUGACAACUGCCACAGCUGCAAGCUGCGUCAGCAGUUCGCCCUCACCGACAGUCUGCCCGAGACCAUCGUUAGAGCUAUCCAAGAUGCGUCUGACCAGCUAAACAAAGGAGUGAUCAACUGGCUCUUCAGGCACCGCCCUAUGAAGCUUCUCUCCAUACUGACCAUUCCAUACGUGCUGCCCAUCGACAUUACCAUCGUCGUUAUUUGCAAGAUGUGGCAACUGCUGCCCAAGAUGCGCCGGGAAAUCCGCCGCCGGCUCAUGCGCACCCUGGGCUUGGCACGCGACUUCACUUCCAAGUUGCAGAGCAAGCACCCGCUCUACAGGGCGCGCUUCUCCUGCCAGCUUAACAUCACCGAGUUUAACUACACGCCGGACGAACCGGAGCCUCGGUCUAAGACGCCGACCGGCCCUCCUCCGCGUCGUCUGCCGGCCCCGAUGCUGAGGCAUGACCUGCGCAGCCGUAGCCUCGAAGACCUGGUUCGCGGCAACCCCAGGCUGCAGCAGCGUCAGCGCGUGAUGCAGCGCAAGUCGUCCUACGCGGGCAUAGCGUUGCCCCGACGAACGGGCAGCGAGGACGCCACCGUGGUCAGCUCGCUCAAUUUCGGCUUCACUAUGAACCUGUCGGGAAGCGGCACCGCUGCUGGCGCUACCGCGGCUGGACCGCAGGGCCCAGUGGUUGGAGGACCCCUGGAACGCUGCCGCAGGCAGAGCGUCGUCGAGGCACUGCGAACCCUGAGUGAGGACCGCGAGGAAGACACCACGGUCGACGCCAUUGCGCUCACCAACCAGGCGCUCACCUGGGAAAAGGAGUGCAUUGAGCGAUGCCAGAGCAAGGAAGACGCCGACAAACUCGAACACAUCUUGGACGUGACUCAGCAGAAGGACGCUCUCAUGGCCUUCUACUACACGGACGCGGCGACGCACCGGGUCCGCGUCACCGAGAUAUUCAACGUCACCGACUCGGCGUCCAACUCAAGAGCCUCUUCUUCUGCGUCGAACGCAAACGGAGACGGAGGCGCGCAGAAGAGGCGACUGGCGGUGGACACGUCCGGACCUGCGAGCUCGCGAAGGACGCCGCCGCCGCCGCUCCUGAGAAUGUCUCCAGUGGACGAAGGGACGCCCACCGGUCUAGGACAGCCGCCGUGCUUUGAGGAGGGCCCGUCAACUGACUCGUCGUCGUUGACGUCAUCGCCUUCUCUGACAGAGAGCGCGUGGAGCUCAUCUGCUGAGUGCGCUAACGAUUCGUCGUCGCCUUCGAUGUCCGGACAGUCUUUCAAAGGCGAUCAUAAGGUGCCCCGCAGAAAGAACUCUGUCGCGUUCGUCAACUGUGGGGCUCGCUGAGUUCGUUGGUUUCGUGAGCCGGCAAUUCAUUCUCGGCAUCGAAUGGAUUUUACUUCAGCCGCCAAUGCUAGAUGACUAGUAGGCCAAGCCUGUGGUCGAGUUCGUCAGCUGUGAAACUCGGUGAUUGAACAUUUGUGCGUACAGCAUAUGCCAAACUGUGUAAUAUAAGCAAGGUGCGGGUGCCACAAAUAUGUGCCACAUUCUGAUUUAGGAUCUUAGCGUCUUGCUGUUUUCCCGCAGGAGCAAAAAAACACUCGUUAUCUGCAUUUUUAUUUAUAUAGCCGUGCAUUUGGAAAGUGCACGUUAAUGCUUUUUUUUUUUGUUGUACUGUGAAUGACUUUAUGUACUUCUACAGCGAAGGACUUCUAGAACUCUAGGGCAUAUGUGACACACCCGAGUGAUUUUUUUUUCUACAUUGGACUAGUGUGCCAACGUGUGAUGCAGAAGACAUGCGUCGUUACUUUUCGGUGAUCAAAAGAGUGAUAAAAUUGCUCAAAUAUCAGCAGCUAUUUGGCGAACAUUUCACUGUUAUGUUCCUUGGUUCUGAAGGACACCUCAGGAUGGCUGUCCGAACCAAAGAUCUCAUGUUUAUUUAUUGCCAUGAGUAAAGGUGUGGUAAUGAAUAAAGCUUAUUACCAACCUGAUG